AUGAAGCGCAAUAAGGAAGUAGAUCAAGAGACCCGUGAAGCCCACGAGUUGAUCGAAACGUAUAUUCUGAAGUCCCAGAAUGAGCAUUUCCAUAAGCUAGGCUACCAGGUCUUCGACUUCGCCAACAAUGUUGGUUACUACUGGGAUCUCAGCAGAAAUGGACAUUACCUCAAGGUCUGGAACAUAAUCCGCUCAGAACACAACUUCGUAUACACGGUGACCCAAUUCGUACGAGGUCUCGACGCCGAAGCCCAGAACCCCGAGAUCGAUGAGGGUUCAAGAGGCUGCGCCAGAGGCCUGUUGCACGUCUGCGAGAAGCUCCUCCACAGGGCCACCGCGCUUCACCUAGAGGCGCAGGAACAGGCUCUUCAGGCCGGGAGCGGGAUGGAGGCACGUCAAGACCUCGCCGAGGAAGAGAGGAUGUGGGCAGACGAGGCACCGCCAUCCUGGGCGUUCCUACGCACAUAUCACCUCAUCCAGGCCAAUGUUUUCGAGGUGGGCAGACCUGCGCGGCCGCCUCUGAUGCCGUGGGACCAGAAGCCGGUUGAGCUUUCUGCUGGCGAGAAAGGCUCCGAUGGCUCGAGCAGCGCUGAGUCUGGACGGUUGGCUGGGUUGAACUCGACAGAACCAGCUUCAACGGGAGAGGUUUCGACAGAAAAAGAAGGCUCAUCGCAUGUUCCUCAGAGCGAUACACCGAGGGCCAAGGCUCUGGCUGCAUAUCUCCUGGAGGAUUUUCCUUCAGAAGAAGAUUGUAUCGACAUCGAGGCCGAGUAG